AUGGGUGACGAAGCUAGUAAAGAAUGGGAUAAGGCGACUCAUGCAGAUAAAGUACUCACAUCCUCCUCGGCCGGUCUUAGGGUUCCACAAGGUCGGGAAAAGGGAAAAGGCAAAGAUGAUGGGCCGGCCUCGAAACGCCGCUGCGUCAGCUCUGCAUGUAUUGCUUGCCGGAGAAGGAAAUCUAAAUGCGACGGAAAUCUUCCCAGCUGCGCUGCAUGUUCAUCAGUCUAUCAUACUCCAUGCAUAUAUGACCCAAACUCAGAUCACCGACGAAAAGGUGUAUACAAGAAAGAUAUCGACAACCUGAGGACUCGAAACACGACAUUACAGACCCUCAUUCAUGCAAUUUUGAACUACGAGGAAGACGAUGUCUUCGAGCUUGUUCGCCAAAUCCGGUCUUGCGACAAUCUAGAGGAUGUGGCUGAAUCGAUUGUUGCCCGAGAACAGGGCUUAACUACUACCUCCACAUCAGACCUACCAAAAGCAGUUUCGGAAGAAAACUAUGAAGCAGACCAAUUUGAGUCUGAACUUGCCGGCAAAAUGAGUGAGCUAAUGCUUGAUGGCUCAGUGAAAUUCAUUGGUGGUACAUCGAAUCUACUGUUUCUUCCCCCAGACAAGAAUGAGAAUGAACCAAUUUUAUAUAAUAAUGUCUCGGAUUUACAAUUUCCUGUCGCACAGUGGACUAGGGUCACAGAUGAUGAGCGAUUAGUGGAACACCUUAUGACCAUGUAUUUCACAUGGCAUUAUGCAUACUUCACCACACUGUCAAAGCCACUUUUCUAUCGAGACUAUCGCUGUGGCCAUUCCAGUCAAUAUUGUUCAUCCCUAUUGGUUAACGCGAUGCUGGCUCUGGGUUGCCAUUUCAGUUCAUGGCCAGGUGCUCGAGAAAACCCCAACGAUUCAGCAACGGCCGGAGACCACUUCUUCAAAGAAGCGAAACGACUAAUUCUUGAGCAUGACGAACAUGAAAAGGCCAGGCUUUGUACGGUGCAAGCCCUUGCUUUGAUGUCCGUUCGAGAGGCGGGCUGUGGUCGCGAAGGCAAAGGUUGGGUUUACAGUGGCAUGAGUUUUCGAAUGGCUUAUGAUUUGGGGUUGAAUGUCGAUGCUACCAGUCUUGGAAUCAACAAGUUCGCUGAGGAAGAUGUCGAUGCGAGAAGGGUCACCUUCUGGGGCUGUUUUCUUUUCGACAAAUGUUGGUCUAAUUAUCUUGGCCGCCAACCACAAUUGUCUCUUGGCAAUAUCACAGUACCGAAAUUUGAAGUUUUCCCUUCUGAAGAUGGAGAGCCCUGGUUACCCUUCACAGAUUCCGGUGCUAGCCGAGAGCAUGUACAACCAGCUCGCACCAGAGCUGUAGCGCUACAGAUUUCAAAAUUAUGUGAAAUCAGCAACGAUCUACUCACAUUUUUCUACCAUCUCGCUCCCACUGAGAAGCAAUCAUCGCGGCAGGAAGAACUCAAGAAGCUCAGUGAUGUCCAUACCAGGCUUGAAGCAUGGAAGAAGAAACUCCCCUCCGAAAUGGAGCCGAAAGACGGACAGUUACCUCCAGUCCUGCUUAUGCACAUGUUCUAUCAGCUCCUAUUCAUACAUCUCUAUCGCCCUUUCCUCAAAUACACCAAGUCAACAUCACCACUCCCUCAGCAUGUCUCGCCUCGCAAGUUAUGCUCACAAGCCGCUGCCGCUAUAUCCAAACUCCUUCGUAUAUAUAAAAGAUCGUACGGACUUCGUCAAAUAUGCAAUAUUGCAGUGUACAUCGUCCACUCCGCAUGCACAAUUCAUUUAUUGAAUAUCCCAGAACGGAACGCCAAAAGAGACCUCAUCCAUGGUGUGCGUAACCUCGAGGAGAUAGCCGAAGGCUGGCUCUGCGCAAGACGCACAAUUCGAAUUUUAGAUAUAUCGGCCUCUAAAUGGCAUAUCGAAGUUCCCAGCGAAGUCGUGGCAGUGUUUGAGCGGACGCAGGCUAAAUGGGGUUCCUGGGGUUCCUGGGAUCGGGUUACGUCGCCUGAAAGCGUAUCUACUUCGGCCACAGACAAUUCUCUGUCUAUACGCGCGAAUGCAUCUUCCUCUUCAUCAAUAGCACCACAGCCUCAACCGCAACAUCAUCAUCAUCAACAACAACAACAACAACAACAACAACAGGCAACAAUGACAACUAACCAAGCGCCCUACCAAGCGGCCCCGGCAUUCCAACAAACCUUCUACACAAAUGUGCCUCAAGUCUACCCCAGAAAUCCAGACCAUUCCUACGAAACCUUGAACACGCAAACCCACACUCCAGCUUCGAACCACAACUACCUUCCCAUUAACCAAACCUACCCUCAACCGAACAACGUCUCCAAAUCUCAACCUAAUAAUAACCGAUGGGCCAGUACCAGCCAGGAGGUCUCCUGCAACAACUCCAACAGCAGUAACAGCCCCGUGGCCGUAAUGGGGACACCGCCCAUGCCAGUUUUCAGCGGACUUGCUGAUCAUAUGAUUGGAGAGAACCAGGACUGGUGGUUGCGCGACCAGAGCGCCCUGGCAUUGGGACUGGAGAAUUGGGGAGAGGGUUGGGCUGGAAAUCAAUUCGCUGAUGCUCCGGAGGUGGUUUCACAGGGACGUGCUGGUAAUGCGGCCGAUAUGUCUACUAUGCCGUACCCUGGUUUGAGGAAUAAUGGGCAACAGGUUUCGCGAGUUCCAGAAUAUGACUAG